AUGCAGGAAGAAAACAGGGAUAUGCUCAAGUCCUUGACCCAAGCAGAGGAUCAAGAUGAGAUCAGCAAACUUCUUCCUGUUAAGGGCCAGACAGUACAUGCCUUAGGCUUUAGCUCUUUCACAGCUACUGGAUUCUGCCUUUGCAGCAUCAAAGCAGCCAUAAGCAGUAUGUUAACAAAUGAAACAACAGUUCAGAUUUGGCCUGUGGGCCAUGAAUUCCCAACUCAUCCUAUGUUGACCUGUGCUGGGGCUGACAGGCUCCAGACAGGAAUGUGGAGUGCCUUUGGAAAGCCCCAGAGCACAGUGGCCAAGAUCCACAUUGGCCAAGUCAUCAUGUCCAUCAGUAUCAAAUUAAAGAACAAGGAGCAUGGGACGGAGGCCCUAUGCAGGAACAAGUUCAAGUUCUCUGGCCACCAGAAGAUCCACAUUUCCAAAAAGUGGGGAUUUAGUAGGUUUAAUUAUGAAGAAUUUGAAGACAUGGUGGCUGAAAGACAGCUACUCCCAGAUAACUAUGGAGUUGAAUACAUCCCUAAUCACAGACCCCGGGACAAAUGGGAGACUGCAUUUAUGAGAAUCUUGGCACUGCUCCCUCCGUAUUCAUGUACACCAAUAAAUCCUACUUCCUGA